UGAAUAUUCCGGAAGAAUUUCUACUUCAUAAAAAUAGAAUUAACUGAAGCAUUUAGAGAAGAAAAAAAAAUUUACGUUCGAAAAGUAAUUUCACGCUUGAAAAUUUACGUCAUCUUAUGGAGGCGGCGACUAUGGUUUUGAAAAGUUAUUUGUCAUGCCUGCAGUUGGAAUUGAUUUUGGAAACGAAAACUGUUAUGUUGCCGUAGCAAGAGCUGGCGGCAUUGAAACUAUUACCAAUGAUUACAGUCAACGUGCUACUCCGUCAUAUGUUGGAUUCAAUUCAACUAGUAGAGAUUUAGGCACAGCAGCCAAAAAUAAAUUUGUUACGAACUUGAAGAAUUCGGUUUGUAGUUUCAAACGCCUUAUUGGUAAAAAGUUCAGAGAUCAAGCUUUAAGUUUUGAGUUGUCUUAUUUGCCAUAUGCUGUGCAUGAAUUGCCAAAUGGAAGUGUAUCAGUCAAGGUAUCAUAUCUUGGAAGAGAAACUAUUUUUACUAUACCACAAAUUACUGCCAUGCUGAUGACCAAAUUGAAAGAUAUUGCUGAAGUUGGAUUGGGCACUAACAUUACGGAUUGUGUGGUUUCUGUUCCUAUAUACUACAGUGAUGCUGCACGAAGAACGAUGUUGGACAUUUGUAAAAUAGCUGGAUUGAAUGUACUGCGACUUUUAAAUGAUACGACUGCAGUUGCUCUUGCUUAUGGAUUUUACAAGCAAGAUCUUUCUGAGGAUAAACCUAAGAAGGUAGUCUUUGUAGACAUUGGACAUUCAGCCUUGCAAGCCUCAGUUGUGGAUUUUUACAAAGGAAGGUUAAAGGUGCUAAGCAGCACUUGGGACCCGCUUCUUGGAGGGAGAGAUAUUGAUAACCAUAUUGUUCGCUAUUUUAGCGAGGAAUUCAAAGAGAAGUAUAAGUUGGAUGUUUUGUCCAACAACCGGGCCAUUGUGAGACUCAUACAAGAAUGCGAGAAAUUGAAGAAGCAACUCAGUGCAAAUCCUCAUGUGUUGCCUUUAAAUAUUGAAUGUUUUAUGGAAGAUAAAGAUGUCAGUGGAUCUUUAGGCAGAGAAAAAUUAGAGCAAUUAAUUGCAGAACUUUUAAAGAAAAUAGAAUAUACCCUUGAAAGUUUGUUACAUGAAUGCAGUUUAACUUACUCCGAUAUUGACAGUGUCGAAAUAACUGGUGGAACUACUAGAAUUCCAGCUAUAAAAGAUGUCAUUAAAAAAGUUUUCCAUGUUGUACCUAGCACAACAUUGAACUUGGAUGAAGCUGUGGCCCGUGGGUGUGCAAUCCAAGCAGCCAUGUUAUCCCCCAGUCUUAAAGUUCGAGAAUUCAGCAUUUUGGAUGUUCAAUCAUUUUCUAUCAAGCUAGUUUGGUCAAUCUCAAAUUCGGAGCGUGGGGAUGUUGAAGUUUUUCCUCGAAAUCAUCCUGUUCCUUUCUCCAAAAAGCUCACAUUUUUCCGGAAAGAAGAUUUUACAUUGGAAGCUCAUUAUGCUGGUUCCAGCGAAAAAAAUUUGCUUCUCAUCGGGUAUUUUCAUGUCAAAAAUGUGAAUCAAGUGUCGCCAUGCGGUGAAAGCUCAAAAAUCAUCAUAAAAUUGCGCAUGAAUAUGCAUGGAAUUUUUAAUGUUGUGUCUGCUACAAUUGUUGAUAAAGAUUAUAAAGAUAAUGAACCAUUAGAUCAAAAAUCUGAAGAUCUGAUUGACAUGAAUUUGAAAAAAGAUGAUGCCCCCUUACAGGAACAAACAGAAAAGAAACGAGACUUCUUUUCGCUGAAAAAGCCAAAGAAAACGACACAAGGCAUAGAACUUUUAAUAGAACCUAAAGUGCCUCAACUUUCGGAGAGUGAAUUGAAGACUUUUAGAGAAUCUGAGGAAAGGAUGAUACAUCAGGAUAAGUCAGAAGAAAAGAGAAUAAAUGCAAAGAACUCCGUGGAAGAGUAUGUAUAUGAAAUGAGAGGUCGAUUUUCAGACGAGCUUAAAAAUUUUAUUGAUGAUCAGGAAAGAGAUAAUAUUUUACAUAAAUUAAGUACAACAGAAAAUUGGAUAUACGAAGAGGGUCAAGAUGAAAAUGAAAUGGCAUACAAAGAAAAACUGUCUGAUUUAAAGACAAUGACUGAUCCUGUUUUAAGGAGGAAAUAUGAACAUGAUCAGAGGGGUGGAAUUCUAGCUGAUUUCCAGUCUAUUAUUGAUGAGGCAAAUAAAAUUCUCAAUGCUUAUCUAAUGGGAGAUUCUCAGUAUUCCCAUAUUGAUCCUAAAGAUAUGGAAGAGAUUCAGAGAGUCGUAGAUGAAAAUUAUAAAUGGCUUCAACAGUUAUUAGAAAACCUGAAAAAAUUAAAGCCACAUGAAAAUCCUCCAGUUUUUGCUGAAGAAAUCUACACCAAAAAAGAGCAUUUAAGACAAAUCAUCAACUCUGAGUUGUGCAAAACUCGAUCCCAGGCGCAGCCCUCCCAGGAAAACCACAUUCCUCGGCCCACCGAGGACGAAUGCAAGUGCUGAAAUCUUCCAACUUUGGGUUUUGCCAUGUUAUUUAUUAUACAUCAUUAGCACAAGUGAUCUUUACAAAGAUGGGACAUUUAAAACUGGAGACAGUGUAAAUGUUGUUAACAUGUAUACUGUUUGUGCUAUUAAUUACUUAAUUAGCAAUUUAUAAAGUUUAUAUUUGUUUCUAUAACUAAAAUAGUUGGCAGAGAUUUUUAAGCAUACUU